AUGGACGUCACAAACGACAAUCUACAAGAGCUGAAGUAUCGGCUGGAGGAUGCUACAAUCAAGUGCUCAGAGCGAUGUCUUUACCAAUCGUCGAAGUGGGCAGCAGAGAUGCUUGACUCACUUUCACCAAUUGAUCACGAAGAGACGGACCCCGAAUCUCCGAUGGAGAUCACAGAUCCCAUCCCCCCGCCCAUCAACCCAUACCUACGACCCCAAGACCCCACCGAGGCCGCCCUCGAAAUCCAAGAAACUCAUAAAUACCUCCUCGCGAAAUCCUACUUUGACACUCGCGAAUAUGAUCGCUGCGCAGCCGUAUUUCUACCACCAAAUACCCCUCCGGUUCCGCUCUCCCUGACCUCUCCCAACUCAAAACCAAAACAAUCACGACAUUCGCUAAAAGGCAAGGACAAGGCGUCCCCAUUCCUAGGCUCCAAGGGCCCUGUCGCGCGGAAUCCAUACCCAAGACUUACAGAUGGUGGGAUGGCGGUCAACAGAGAACUCCCGGAUCUUGCCCGAGGCUUAGAAGGAUGGCUGAUGGAGCGCAGCUCAAAAGGGCUGGAUGAUAAAGGACAAGGCUGGUUGGAAUAUCUCUAUGCGGUAAUUCUGCUCAAAGGACGGAAUGAAGAGUUGGCCAAAAAGUGGUUGCUUCGAAGUGUGCAUCAGAACCCAUUCCACUGGGGAGCAUGGCAAGAGCUUAACGAUCUGUUGGCAAGCACCGAGGAUCUGAAACAAAUCGUGGACCAGCUGCCUCAAAACAUCAUGACCCUCAUAUUCCACGUUUACUGCAGCCAGGAACUAUACCAGGCCACGGAAGAUACAUACCAGGCUCUUUCAGAGCUCGAGUCAAUCUUUCCCACCAGUGCAUUUUUGAAGACCCAAAGAGCACUCCUUUACUACCACUCCAAAGAUUUCGAGGAAGCGUCAGCUAUUUUCACUGAUAUCUUAGCCACAUCGCCCCACCGCUUGGAUAGUCUCGACCAUUACUCUAACAUUUUGUAUGUCAUGAAUGAGCGGCCACGCCUGGCCUUUGUCGCCCAAAUCGCUACCGCAACAGACAAAUUUCGCCCAGAAACAUGCUGCGUCGUGGGUAACUACUACUCUCUCAAAUCAGAACAUGAGAAGGCCGUUAUGUACUUCCGUCGUGCAUUAACAUUGGACCGAAACUUCCUCUCGGCCUGGACUCUAAUGGGCCAUGAGUACAUCGAGAUGAAAAACACCCAUACUGCUAUUGAAUCGUAUCGUCGGGCCGUCGAUGUGAACCGAAAAGACUAUCGUGCCUGGUAUGGUUUGGGCCAAGCUUAUGAGGUGCUUGACAUGUCCUUCUACGCCCUCUUUUACUACCAACGUGCCGCUGCCCUUCGCCCCUACGACCCGAAGAUGUGGCAAGCCGUCGGCUCAUGCUAUGCGAAAAUGGGCCGAGUCGAGCAAAGUAUCCAGGCACUUAAACGUGCGCUUGUGGCCGGGUCUUACUAUGCAGACGACACCGCACCAAGCGCAAGCCCUGGCGCGAGCGCUCGUAAAGUGCUCGACCCCGAAACCCUGCACCAGAUCGCGACACUAUAUGAGCGUCUCGGAGAUGAAGAGGAAGCGUCUGCGUAUAUGGAACUAACUCUCCAACAAGAAACAGGCGGCGCGCCUGUCCAAGAUGAGAACUCCGAAGAGGAUGAGUAUUCGUCUGCUUCGGAGAAUGCGGCUCAAAGCGACGGGGAACACUCCGGCGACGAUGAUGCCGACAAUAUGCCUCGUUCUCGCCGUCGACAAAAGCCCCGUACAUCUUCCUUCGCGAUGCAAAACGAUGAUUCUAAUGCGGGAGAGACGUGGCACCAGCCCACGGCCACUACAUCCAAGGCGCGGCUCUGGCUGGCUCAGUAUGCCUUGCGACACGAGGACUUGGAGCGGGCAGAUCAGUUGGCAAGCGAGCUAUGUCAGGAUGGUAUGGAGGUGGAAGAAGCAAAGGCGAUCAUGCGAGACGUUCGUGCGCGGAGAGAGGAAGCAGGGUAG